UCAAAUUCUGCUGUUUUCCUGUGAAACUGAACACACUAGCAAGCGAAGGAAACCGAGAGAAACGAAACCUAACCACCGAACACCAGUCUUUACCUCACCGGUGCUACUUGAUCUACUCGCAGUGUGUCUCUAGGUUGAGUGCAGGUCACACAGCUCUUUAAGAUUUAGGGUGCAUCCCAUUUAAUAGAAGACCCCUCAAGCUGCAUUAUGAACACUCUGAACCAACAGUAUGAAGAGAAGGUGCGCCCCUGCAUCGACCUCAUAGACUCUCUUCGCUCCCUGGGUGUGGAAAAGGACUUAGCGCUGCCUGCUAUAGCCGUGAUAGGAGACCAAAGUUCCGGGAAGAGUUCUGUGCUGGAGGCGCUGUCCGGGGUGGCCCUGCCAAGAGGAAGUGGCAUUGUAACAAGAUGUCCCCUGGAACUGAAGAUGAAGAGAACAAAAGAAGGCCAGGAGUGGUAUGGGAAGAUAAUUUACGGGAACCACGAUGAAGAGAUAGAAGAUCCUGCAAGUGUGGAGAAAAAGAUUAGGGAAGCUCAAGAUGAAAUGGCUGGGAACGGGGUUGGGAUCAGCAGUGAACUCAUCAGUCUGGAGGUCGCCUCCCCUGAUGUUCCAGACCUAACGCUCAUUGACCUGCCCGGCAUCACCAGGGUGGCUGUGAAGGGCCAGCCCGAGAACAUCGGUGAACAGAUAAAGAGACUGAUCGAGAAGUUCAUAACAAAGCAAGAAACCAUCAGCUUGGUUGUUGUUCCAUGCAAUGUGGACAUAGCGACCACGGAGGCUCUGAAGAUGGCACAGCAGGUGGAUCCUGAGGGAGAGAGAACUUUAGGUAUUCUGACCAAGCCCGACCUGGUGGACAAAGGCACAGAAGAGACGGUGGUUAAAAUCAUUCACAAUGAGGUGAUCCCCCUGACGAAGGGCUACAUGAUCGUCAGGUGCAGGGGUCAGAAGGAGAUCACAGAGAACGUGUCUCUUACUGAAGCUAUAGAAACAGAGAACGACUUCUUUAAAUGUCAUGCACAUUUCAACGCUCUCUACGAUGAAGGCCAUGCCACUAUUCCCAAGCUGGCUGAGAAGCUCACCCUUGAGCUGGUGCAUCACAUUGAGAAAUCUCUGCCUCGGCUGGCCGAGCAGAUAGAGGAGAAACUGGCACAGACUCAGACAGACCUGGACAAAUACGGCAAUGGUCCCCCACCGGAUGCAGCUGAGAGAUUCGUCUUCCUCAUUGACAAAGUGACAGCCUUCACCCAGGAUGCCAUCAGUCUGACUAUAGGAGAGGAACUCAAGUGUGGAGAUAUGCUCAAUGUCUUCUCUCUGCUCAGAAGAGAGUUUGGGCAAUGGAGGGCCAUCCUGGAAAUUUCAGGACAAAAGUUUAACAAGAGAAUUGAAAAAGAAGUGGAGGAAUACGAUCAGAGAUACCGUGGAAGAGAACUACCGGGCUUCAUCAACUACAAGACCUUUGAGAACAUGGUCAAGGAGCAGGUCAAACAACUGGAAGAACCAGCUGUCAGGAAACUUCGGGACAUAGCAGAUGCUGUUAAGAAGGUGUUCAUACAGCUGGCACAAAGCAGCUUCGAAGGAUUUCCCAACCUCAUAAAAUUUGCCAAGGCAAAGAUUGAAACCAUAAAACGAGAGAAAGAGGCUGUUGCUGAAUCCACGCUGAGGACGCAGUUCAAGAUGGAGCUGCUCGUUUACUCCCAGGACAGGACCUACAGCUGCAGUCUGAGCGAACAACAGAAAGAAGAGGAGGAGCAGGGACAAAAUCACAAAAGCAAGCGGGCUAUCGAAAGAAGCUUCGUGUACAGAAUGGAUAAUCAUGCAACUCUUGAGCAGCUGAUGUUGCACCUCAAGUCAUACUACAAUAUUGCUAGCCAGCGUUUGGCUGACCAAAUCCCACUGGUGAUCCGCUACCAGAUGCUGCAAGAGUCUGCCAUCCAGCUGCAGAGGGAGAUGCUGCAGAUACUUCAGGAGAAGGAGAAUUUGGAGAACUUGUUGAAGGAGGAUUCUGACAUCGGUAGCAAGAGAGUUUUUCUUCAGAGUCGUCUCAAACGACUCAUGCAGGCUCGCGCGCGCCUGUUAGAGUUCUAGAAGUCAAGACCUUGGAGCCCUGUGCACUGUAUCCCUUUCAUUUGGCAUGUGGCACAGCUAUAGUUGUAGUUGAUGAUUUUUUACAUGUUUUUUUUUUUUUUUGGUGUGUCCAGUUUAGAAAGGACAGAUUUACUUUUGAUGUUUUGAUGUGAUACAAAACAGGACAAACUCAGUUCAUAUAAAGAGUGUGUACUGUAAUAUACCUCAUUUGCCGGUUUAUUAAGUACAGUGAAUAUGAAUGGAUUCUGAGCAUGAGCAUAUACUUUCGUUGUCAUUAAAAAAAAAAAAACAACAAAAAAAACCACUGACACCUAAAGCACUCAUUACCAGCUAAUACAAAUUUGUAUGUUAUUUACAUAAGGGAAAACAUAAAAUUUAAGCCAAAUGUAUAUUUAUUGACAUUUGUUCAAUUUUUAAAAUAAAAAAAUAUGACUGAUGAAAAUA